AGUAUUUCGGAGGAAAAGAUUUUGUUAGUUUUAUGAGGAAUCAUUCAGAACUGAAUGACAUACUCGAGUCAGACAGAAGUUUGGAACCUGAAGAUAUUGCCAACAUUCUGCUUAAGAAGAAACUUUUAGUCCGGUGUGAUCGUGUGGUAAAAUCUGUCCGGCCUGGAAAGAAGAAAUUGUCCGCUUUUCCUUCACAUUUAGAGAUUUAUGAUUAUCAAGUAUUUUCUGAAGAUGACGCCUUUUUCGCGUGGACAUUUGUCAAAAGAAGGACCCUGUGGCAAACACUUCUCUCAUUCUUCUGGCCAUUUUUGACAUUAGCAAUCUGCUUCUUUCUUUACCCCCAUCAGGUCAAACUGCUUAUAUUCUACCCGUGUGCUGGUGUCCUCCUUCUUAUACUUUGCGUACUUCUGUUGAGAGCCAUGGUCUUUUGUGCUAUUUGGAUUCUUCUUGGAUGCUGUGUCUGGUUUUUCCCAAACAUUCUUGCCGAGGAGGCAACACUCAAAGAGCUGUUCCAGUUUUGGCCGCAGAAAGAUGAUGGGAAGCAACCUGAGUGGAAAGUAAGGAUCUUCUAUGAAAUUGUAGCUGUGGUUGUUGUUUUGCUCCUGAGAAGGUAUCAUGCUUCUGAUGAGGCUGCAACAGCCAGUGUUGGGCCGUAUCUGGAUCAGUCCACUUGA